AUGCUUGCCGGCCAUCGUGAUCGUCGUCGCAAAAAGGACAUCCGCGCGCGCUUUGACCCCGAGCAGUUCCAGGAACUGCUCCUGGGCGUCAUCAAGGGCUGCGUCAGCGCGGUCCCGCCUGAGUCGGUCACCGUCUCUUCCUUCGACAAGGAUGCUCUGAUGCGCACCUUCAACUCCAAUGCGGACCGUCUCCAGUUUGAGCAGUCCAGCUCGGUGUUCCUCGAGAUUCUCUUUGUCGGUGGGAUCCUCGACGCUGGUGGUAACUUCGAGUUCCCCGCCAUUGGCAAGAGCCCCCUUUCGGUGAUCGCUUGCGCUGAUGAUAAGGAGAUCCGCCAUAUGGUCGACAUUUUCCUGACCAUCAUCGCGCGCUACCGCUACAUGCAGGACACCCUCAAGGAGACUGUUGAGCGCCUCCUCUCGCUGCUGAUCGGUCUCCAGGCCAAUCUGACGCCCGAGCAGAUUUCCAAGCUGGUGACCGCCUUUGCCAUGCUCUGCUCGUCCAUGCGCGUGCCGGUGUCCGCCCUGUCGGCCCUGCUCAAGGGCUACCUGGUGAAGGAUGGCAUUGCCCUCAAGUAUCUGACCGCCAUCCUGAAGACCAUGUCCACCCUGCCGGCUGAGUCGGCCGAGCGCGAGGCCUCCGGCAUCGAUGCCCUGACCCUCUCCCUGCGUCGCAGUGACCUGGAUACCAAGCUGCUCGAGUUCUUCCCGGAGAACCGCCGCACCUAUGCCGAGCUGAAGUCCCACUUCGCCGCGCACAACCUGUCCGAGAUCACUCGCCACUACCUGCGUGUGCAGCAGCGCCGCAAGCGCGAGGAGCUCCAGGCCCGCCUGGAGGCCAACCUCCGCUCCGAGUCGCCGGUGCUGGCCGAGUGCGCCAACAUCAUCAAGAGCUACAUGCCGACGGCCGGUGGCACCAACGAGGACAGCCUCUCGGAGACCGACGUCACGCUGGUUGUCUGGAACGCCAUCAUGCGCUCGGUCACCUGGUCCAGCAAGUCGGAUCUCUACGAGAAGCAGGCUCUGCGCCAGGUCAAGACCAACGGCAAGCUCCUGGCCUUCUGCACCCGGAGCCCCACCUCGGAGCUGGCUCUGAUGAAUGCCGUGCAGAUGUUCUGCCAUGAGGACCAGCGCUUCGUGCGGAUCUUCCCCCAGCUGGUGGCCAUCCUCUACAAUGAGGACGCCGUCAGCUCCGAGGCCAUCCGCUACUGGUAUGACAAGGGCGCCGUCAACAAGGGCCGCGAGGGCUUCCGCAAGCAGGUCGACACUCUGCUGAAGCAGAUCGAGUCGGCCGAGGAGGACAGCGACGACGAGGAGUCCGACUCCGAGUAA